AGCGCGCGCCGGCCUGGGCAGGCGAGCGGGCGCGCUCCCGCCCCUCUCCCCUCCCUGCGCGCCCAAGCGCGCCUCCGCCCUUGCCCGCCCCCUGACGCUGCCUCAGCUCCUCAGUGCACAGUGCUGCCUCGUCUGAGGGGACAAGAGGAUCACCCUCGCCGUCGCUUCGGCCAGUGCGUCGGGCUGGGCCCUGACAAGCCACCUGAGGAGAGGUUCGGAGACGGGCCCGGAUUUCGGCGAUUACCGCCCGCUUCUCCUGCUUCUGGUCUCACGAGGUGUUUCCCGCCUCGCACCCCCACCUCUGGACUUGCCUUGCCUUCUCUCUCCGCGUGUGGAGGGAGCCAGCGCUUAGGCCGGAGCGAGCCUGGGGGCCGCCCGGCGUGAAGGCAUCGCGGGAACCGAUUCACCAUGGAGGGCGCCGGCGGCGCGAACGACAAGAAAAAUAGGAUAAGUUCUGAACGUCGAAAAGAAAAGUCUCGAGAUGCAGCCAGAUCUCGGCGAAGUAAAGAAUCUGAAGUUUUUUAUGAGCUUGCUCAUCAGUUGCCACUUCCACAUAAUGUGAGCUCGCAUCUUGAUAAGGCCUCUGUUAUGAGGCUUACCAUCAGCUAUUUGCGUGUGAGGAAACUUCUGGAUGCUGGUGAUUUGGAUAUUGAAGAUGAAAUGAAAGCACAAAUGAAUUGCUUUUAUUUGAAAGCCUUGGAUGGUUUUGUUAUGGUUCUCACAGAUGAUGGUGACAUGAUUUACAUUUCUGAUAAUGUGAACAAAUACAUGGGAUUAACUCAGUUUGAACUAACUGGACACAGUGUGUUUGAUUUUACUCAUCCAUGUGACCAUGAGGAAAUGAGAGAAAUGCUUACACACAGAAAUGGCCCUGUGAAAAAGGGUAAAGAACAAAACACACAGCGAAGCUUUUUUCUCAGAAUGAAGUGUACCCUAACUAGCCGAGGAAGAACUAUGAACAUAAAGUCUGCAACAUGGAAGGUAUUGCACUGCACAGGCCAUAUUCACGUAUAUGAUACCAACAGUAACCAACCUCAGUGUGGAUAUAAGAAACCACCUAUGACCUGCUUGGUUCUGAUUUGUGAACCCAUUCCUCACCCAUCAAAUAUUGAAAUUCCUUUAGAUAGCAAGACUUUUCUCAGUCGACACAGCCUGGAUAUGAAAUUUUCUUAUUGUGACGAAAGAAUUACCGAAUUGAUGGGAUAUGAGCCAGAAGAACUUUUAGGCCGCUCAAUUUAUGAAUAUUAUCAUGCUUUGGACUCUGAUCAUCUGACCAAAACUCAUCAUGAUAUGUUUACUAAAGGACAAGUCACCACAGGACAGUACAGGAUGCUUGCCAAAAGAGGUGGAUAUGUCUGGGUUGAAACUCAAGCAACUGUUAUAUAUAACACCAAGAACUCUCAACCACAGUGCAUUGUAUGUGUGAAUUAUGUUGUGAGUGGUAUUAUUCAGCACGACUUGAUUUUCUCCCUUCAACAAACAGAAUGUGUCCUUAAACCGGUUGAAUCUUCAGAUAUGAAAAUGACUCAGCUAUUCACCAAAGUUGAAUCAGAAGAUACAAGUAGCCUCUUUGACAAACUUAAGAAGGAACCUGAUGCUUUAACUUUGCUGGCCCCAGCCGCUGGAGACACAAUCAUAUCUUUAGAUUUUGGCAGCAAUGACACAGAAACUGAUGACCAGCAACUUGAGGAAGUACCAUUGUAUAAUGAUGUAAUGCUUCCCUCAUCCAACGAAAAAUUACAGAAUAUGAAUUUGGCAAUGUCUCCAUUACCCACCUCUGAAACGCCAAAGCCACUUCGAAGUAGUGCUGACCCUGCACUCAAUCAAGAAGUUGCAUUAAAAUUAGAACCAAAUCCAGAGUCACUGGAACUUUCUUUUACCAUGCCCCAAAUUCAGGAUCAGCCACCUAGUCCUUCUGAUGGAAGCACUAGACAAAGUUCACCUGAGCCUAAUAGUCCCAGUGAAUAUUGUUUUUAUGUGGAUAGUGAUAUGGUCAAUGAAUUCAAGUUGGAAUUGGUAGAAAAACUUUUUGCUGAAGACACAGAAGCAAAGAACCCAUUUUCCACUCAGGACACAGAUUUAGACUUGGAGAUGUUAGCUCCCUAUAUCCCAAUGGAUGAUGACUUCCAGUUACGUUCCUUCGAUCAGUUGUCACCAUUAGAAAGCAGUUCCGCAAGCCCUGAAAGCGCAAGUCCUCAAAGCACAGUUACAGUAUUCCAGCAGACUCAAAUACAAGAACCUACUGCUAAUGUCACCACUACCACUGCCACCACUGAUGAAUUAAAAACAGUGACAAAAGACCGUAUGGAAGACAUUAAAAUACUGACUGCAUCUCCAUCUUCUACCCACAUACAUAAAGAAACUACUAGUGCCACAUCAUCACCUUAUAGAGAUACUCAAAGUCGGACAGCCUCACCAAACAGACCAGGAAAAGGAGUCAUAGAACAGACAGAAAAAUCUCAUCCAAGAAGCCCUAACGUGUUAUCUGUCGCUUUGAGUCAAAGAACUACAAUUCCUGAGGAAGAACUAAAUCCAAAGAUACUAGCUUUGCAGAAUGCUCAGAGAAAGCGAAAAAUGGAACAUGAUGGUUCACUUUUUCAAGCAGUAGGAAUUGGAACAUUAUUACAGCAGCCAGACGAUCAUGCAGCUACUACAUCACUUUCUUGGAAACGUGUAAAAGGAUGCAAAUCUAGUGAACAGAAUGGAAUGGAGCAAAAGACAAUUAUUUUAAUACCCUCUGAUUUAGCAUGUAGACUGCUGGGGCAAUCAAUGGAUGAAAGUGGAUUACCACAGCUGACCAGUUAUGAUUGUGAAGUUAAUGCUCCUAUACAAGGCAGCAGAAACCUACUGCAGGGUGAAGAAUUACUCAGAGCUUUGGAUCAAGUUAACUGAGCUUUUUCAUAAUUUCAUUCCUUUUUUUGGACACUGGUGGCUCAUUACCUAAAGCAGUCUAUUUAUAUUUUCUACAUCUAAUUUUAGAAGCCUGGCUACAAUACUGCACAAACUUGGUUAGUUCAAUUUUGAUCCCCUUUCUACUUAAUUUACAUUAAUGCUCUUUUUUAGUAUGUUCUUUAAUGCUGGAUCACAGACAGCUUAUUUUCUCAGUUUUUUGGUAUUUAAACCAUUGCAUUGCAGUAGCAUCAUUUUAAAAAAUGCACCUUUUUAUUUAUUUAUUUUUGGCUAGGGAGUUUAUCCCUUUUUCGAAUUAUUUUUAAGAAGAUGCCAAUAUAAUUUUUGUAAGAAAGCAGUAACCUUUCAUCAUGAUCAUAGGCAGUUGAAAAAUUUUUACACCUUUUUUUUCACAUUUUACAUAAAUAAUAAUGCUUUGCCAGCAGUACGUGGUAGCCACAAUUGCACAAUAUAUUUUCUUAAAAAAUACCAGCAGUUACUCAUGGAAUAUAUUCUGCAUUUAUAAAACUAGUUUUUAAGAAGAAAUUUUUUUUGGCCUAUGAAAUUGUUAAACCUGGAACAUGACAUUGUUAAUCAUAUAAUGAUUCUUAAAUGCUGUAUGGUUUAUUAUUUAAAUGGGUAAAGCCAUUUACAUGAUAUAGAAAGAUAUGCAUAUAUCUAGAAGGUAUGUGGCAUUUAUUUGGAUAAAAUUCUCAAUUCAGAGAAAUCAUCUGAUGUUUCUAUAGUUUGAAAUCAUCAGAAAUCAUCUGAUGUUUCACUUUGCCAGCUCAAAAGAAAACAAUACCCUAUGUAGUUGUGGAAGUUUAUGCUAAUAUUGUGUAACUGAUAUUAAACCUAAAUGUUCUGCCUACGCUGUUGGUAUAGAUAUUUUGAGCAGACUGUAAACAAGAAAAAAAAAUCAUGCAUUCUUAGCAAAAUUGCCUAGUAUGUUAAUUUGCUCAAAAUACAAUGUUUGAUUUUAUGCACUUUGUCGCUAUUAACAUCCUUUUUUUUCAUGUAGAUUUCAAUAAUUGAGUAAUUUUAGAAGCAUUAUUUUAGGAAUAUAUAGUUGUCACAGUAAAUAUCUUGUUUUUUCUAUGUACAUUGUACAAAUUUUUCAUUCCUUUUGCUCUUUGUGGUUGGAUCUAACACUAACUGUAUUGUUUUGUUACAUCAAAUAAACAUCUUCUGUGGACCAGG